AUGUCUAGCGGCCGUGAUGGAUCCAGCCUGCAGCACUUGGGCAGCCUGAUGGACAGCCUGAUGGGCAGCCAGAGAGCGGCAGACGCUGCAGGGCGGAGCCUGCUCGGACCUCCGGCCGGGGGCCCCGGGGCCUCCGCGCCGCCCUUCGUCUACGUUGUGGCGUUCUUCUCCGCCCUGGGGGGGUUCCUGUUCGGCUACGACACCGGGGUGGUGUCCGGGGCCAUGCUGCUGCUGAAGAGGGAGCUGCGGCUGAGCGCGCUGUGGCAGGAGCUGCUGGUGUCCAGCACCGUGGGCGCGGCGGCGCUCUCCGCCCUGGGCGGGGGGGCCCUGAACGGGUGGCUGGGCCGCAGGCCCUGCAUCCUCACGGCCAGCCUGAUCUUCACUGCCGGCGGGGUCAUCCUGAGCAUGGCCCCUGACAAAGUGGUCCUUCUGGUGGGCAGGAUCACCGUGGGCUUGGGUAUCGGCAUUGCCUCUAUGACAGUUCCUGUGUACAUCGCCGAAGUUUCCCCCUCUCACUUGAGAGGCCAGCUGGUCACUAUCAACUCCCUCUUCAUCACCGGUGGCCAGUUUGUUGCCAGUGUGUUCUUCGGCUUCAUCUUCCUCCCGGAGAGCCCCCGCUGGCUCCUGCAAAAGGGCCGCGUCCAAGAGGCCCGCCAAGUUCUCAGCCGGGUCCGAGGAGAGGGGGACGUCGACGAGGAGUUCGACGCCAUCAGAGCCAGCAUCGAGCAGGAGGAGAUGGAGGCAGGAGGAGGAGGUGUUGUCAUUUUCCGCAUCCUCAGGCACGGCCCGACCCGCCGGGCUCUGAUUGUGGGCUGUGGCCUCCAGAUGUUUCAGCAGCUGUCUGGGAUCAACACAGUCAUGUACUACAGCGCCACCAUUCUGCAGAUGGCGGGGGUGCGGGACGAGAAGCAGGCCAUCUGGCUGGCUGCAGCCACGUCGGCCACCAACUUUGUGUUCACCCUGGUGGGAGUGUGGCUCGUGGAGAGGGUGGGCCGCCGGAAGCUGACUCUGGGCAGCCUUUUAGGUACUGCUCUGAGUCUGACUUUGUUGGCUGUUGGGUUCCUGCUCUCUGCCCAAAACUCUCCUCCAGUUACCCUUCAUCCUUUUGAUCCACAUAACUCCACCUGCAGACUGUAUGGGUCCUGUGAAUUAUGCAUGCUUGAUCCAGGUUGUGGAUUCUGUUACCACGACAACAGCACUGAGGUGUUCGAUUCCUCCUGCGUUCCUACAAGUCCUUCAUCCACAGACUCCGCAGCGUGGGGGAGAUGUUCCAAUAGGACGGAAGCCCCCGACAGCCCAUCAUGGGCUUAUAACUACUGUCCUACACCCUAUUCCUGGAUUGUCCUAACGGGCCUCCUCCUCUACCUUGCAUUCUUUGCUCCAGGAAUGGGCCCCAUGCCGUGGACGGUGAACUCUGAGAUCUACCCGCUCUGGGCCCGCAGCACCGGCAACGCCUGUUCAGCCGGCGUCAACUGGAUCUUCAAUGUGCUCGUGUCUCUGACUUUUCUCCAUGUUGCAGAGUUUCUGACUUACUACGGGGCCUUCUUCCUGUACACCGGCCUGGCGCUGUUGGGCCUCCUCUUCGUCCUGGGCUGCCUCCCGGAGACCCGGGGCCUGCAGCUGGAGGACAUCCAGAACCUGUUCUCCGCACAGCUCUGCUCCGGCGGGCGCUCCGUGCCCGACGGCAGUCGCCACGUGCACUACAUCCGGGUAAAGGGCGGCAACUACCUGCACUCUGAGGACGAGGACACAGAUGUAGAAUAGACGGGGUAGAUCUCCUCACCGGGUUCUGUCAUCUGGCUCCUCUCUCUUUUCUGCUGGGGACUGGGAAUGCUGCUCGUGGGAACUUGGGGAAAACUAUUCGGGUUACCCUCCAACGGCUGUGAUCAAAAGCAGGAUUGGGCUCUCCGGGAUCUGACUAGAAACUGGUGCAUUCCUUUGGUGAAGAGACUUUUUUAUUUCUCCCACCUUUCUCUGUUUUACCAGGGUCUCUUUUUUUCUAUCGUACAUUCUCCUCAUUUCUCAUUAUCUUUUUUAUCAAUAUAAAAGGGAAAUAACAGAUUCAUCGUGACAAUCUAGCUGGUUAAACUACCAGGAAGGAUUAGCUCAGUUUUAAAUAACAAACGGUAAACAGAUGAUGGAUCCUAUCAGGUGAUAGGAUUUGAGUCAAACAAACAAAACGUCUGGCUACAAUAUUUUUGGUCUGGAAGAGGGACAGAAAGCAGUUGACCUCAAGAUCAUGAGCAGCUCUUUAUGACUUCAGUCUGACUGUUCCUUGUUCAUCUGAACUCUGAGUUACACACAGCAAGAAUGUGUUUGCAUUCAAACUUUUUAAUGAACCUCUUCAUCACUGAACAUUUCAAAACAGUUUAAAAGCACACAAGAUAGUCUUUAACAAGAAUGAAAGACUAUCUUGGUUUUAAGUUACUCAUCUGGUGUGGGACCCUACUGAUUGUGGCUUGCUACUUCCUACGUUGUGUUUUUAUGUGAUGUUUAAAACCAUGAUUGGAGGAAUGAGUUUCCCCAUUUCUUUUAGCAUUGUUCGGAGCUCAGCCCCGCCCACUAUGGAGCUGUGGGGGCAGACAGCGCCAUAGCCUACAUAACUGUAAGUGCAGCAUAGAGGUGUCUUACAUGGUUGAAUGUCUCUUGCUUUGUGGUAACUGAACUAAAUCUGAAUGUUUCAUUUUCUAUUUCAUAUCUUGGUUCUUGCAGCUGCGAUAAUCCUGACCAAGUUCAACCAAGCACCUCAACACAUGGCCUUUUUGCACUAUUUUGCUUUUAUAUCUGGCAACUUGCUUUUGUCAGUACUUUGUUACACAAGAGUUUCUGUUAAAAUAUUAUCAAUAUUAGAAACGGUACAAAACAAAUGAUUGGGAUUAGAUUUGUAUCAACAUGUCAUAAAACAUAUUGAUACUGAAUUCAAGUUGUACUGUGUAUUAAAUAUCAUGUCUACAUAUGAUAGGAUCAGUGUCAUGCAUAUCUCAUUAAUGGGAUUAAAAACAAUCAUCAGACAUUAGUUUCAGUAAGUUCAAUACAUGCACAGACUUUAUCCUCAGGUACUCAUGGUAUGGUCUAUUUUGAGUUUAGAAAAUAAAAAAACAUGAAUUCACUGUAAUGUACAAGGGACAAAGUAAGAGUACAAUCCUUAAAUGGUGUAUAUUAAAUAUUCAUGCUGUUGAUUGAGGUGCGUUCCAUGUCUAAUUUAUUGUUUAUGCCAAAGUGAUUCAUGGCAGUGUAAUUAAUGAUUGAACCAAAAAGGAUAAAUAAAAGGAUUUUUU